AUGAUAACAAUUGAAAUAAAUUAAGUUAAAAAAGGAAAGAAAAUUGGAGAUGGAAGCUUUGGAUCAGUUUUUAUAGGGGAAAUUGAAGAAGGAAAAUAAAAAGGUAUAUAAGCGCUGAAAGAAUAAUUCAAAAUUAGUGAUCAUGAAAAAAUGAUUUUAAAGGCUCUGAAAGAUAAGCAAUUUCAACAUUUAAUUAAAGUGAUUGCUUUUGAAGAGUAAGAAGAUAGAAUUUUCACUCUUAUGGAACUAGGAGAAAUUAUUAAUUUUUCAAACCUGUUAGAUAAAAGAACGAUUUGUUUGCAAGUAAAAGAUAUUUAAUAUUUAGAUGGCAAAAGGUGUUUCUGAAUUACAUAAAUUAGGAUUUUUUCAUCGAGAUUUAAAACCCAAUAAUUUUGUAAUUGGUCUUGAUAAUAAAAUCAAAUUGAUAGAUUUUGGAACCACUAAAACUAUUUAGUAUACAUCUCAUACCCAAAAUGAAGGAACUUUAUCAUACAUGGCACCAGAAGUAAGUAUAACAGAUGAUUAUGAUUCCUCUGUUGACAUAUGGUCUUUGGGAAUCAUUUUUUAUGAAUUGUUAACAAAUUCAACAUUUUUCGAAAAAGGUAAAUCUGAAUAUGAAAUAUGUUAUGAAAGGGUUUAAAUUUCGCAAAAAUAAAUUAAUUUAUAAAUAGAUGCACAAAAAAGUUUAGAGUAAUGGCAAAAGGCAUUGUUGAAAAAAAUGAUUGUUCAAAAGUUAGAAAAUGAUAACUUAUUGAAUCACUCUAUAAAAAGAAUAAAUAUUGACGAAGUAAUUAAUGAGUUUGAGUAAUCAAAAAACUUUUAAUAAACUUAAUAAAAAGUUUAUUAGUAGAAAAAUGAUUUGGAUAAUGAGACUUAAUUUUAAAAUUCUAAAUGGACAGAUUUAAGAAUAAAUUAAUUGCAUAAAUUAGAAAUUCAUAGUUAAUGGAUUUCAUCAUUAUGCUUCUCUCCUGAUGGUACUACAUUGGCAUCAGGUAGUGGAGAUAACAUUAUCAAUUUAUGGGAUGUUAAGACUGCAAAGGUAAAAUCAAAAUUAGAAGGUCACAGAGAUUGGGUUACAUCAUUAUGCUUCUCUCCUGAUGGUACAACAUUAGCAUCAGGUAGUGGAGAUAACACCAUCCGUUUAUGGGAUGUUAAGACAGAAAAAUUAAAUUAAGAAUUAUCUGGCCAUAGGUAUGAUGUAAAUUCUAUUUGUUUUUCUCCUGAUGGUUCUACAUUAGCAUCAGGUAGUGAUGAUAAGUCUAUCAGUUUAUGGGAUGUUAAAACAGGAAAAGAAAAAUAUAAAAUAUAAGGUCAUAGUGAAGGAGUUCUAUCAGUAUGCUUCUCUCCUGAUGGUACAACAUUAGCCUCCAGUAGUUAUGACAAAUCUAUCCGGUUGUGGGAUAUUUUAACAGGAUAAUAAAAAGGCAAACUAGAUGGUCAUGAAGGAACUGUAUAUUCAGUGCGUUUCUCUCCUGAUGGUUCUACAUUAGCAUCUGGUAGUGAAGAUGAGUCUAUUCGUUUGUGGGAUGUUUAAAAAUAAUAAGAGAUAUAAAAAUUAAUUGGUUAGAAUGGAAUUAUUUUUUGUUUAUGCUUUUCUUCUGAUGGUAGAAUUUUAGUUUCUGGUGGUGAGAAUAAGACGAUAAUUUUUUGGGAUAUUACAAAAAAGUAAUUAAAAUAGAAAAUAGAUGCCCAUUAAGGAAUUGUAUAUGCUUUAAGUUUUUCUUUUGAUAAUGGAAAAUUGGCAACUGGGAGUGAUGAUAAGUCUAUUGGUAUAUAUCAUGUUGAAAAAGGGGUCGAAAAAUCAUGUACAAAUCCUUAUACUCAAGAUAAAAAUUUUAAAUUGUUUUCUUCUGAAUUUAUUAAAUUAGCAUCAUGUAGUGAUGAUAACAUUAUCGAUUAAGAGGAUAUUAAGCAAAAUAGAAAUAAAUCUAAAUUUGGUGGUUUUAAAAAGAAAAUCAUUGUUAUCUACUUAUGUAGUGA